UCAUCCAUAAGUGAUGUCUUGUUUUGUGGCCAUAAAUAACGUGCAAAACAUGUCGUUAGAAGAGCGGACUCUCGUCGUCCGCGGAUUUGACGAUCGCGUCACUCGGGAUCUGUUGCGGGAACUCUUCGUUCAGGCCGGACCCGUGGUGAAUGUGGUCUUAAGGACGGACUUCGCGUUCAUUGAGUUCGAGCACAAGAUAUCUGUGGCGUACGCGCUGGCCCUCUUGAGUGACAUUUCUCUUUACCGCAAACCCUUGUGUAUAGAACCCAAACUCAGAUACGACAACAGUUAUUACCAAUUCGUGGACGCAAUCAAACAAUUCAAUCAAGUAAUGUAUCAAAACCCGGACUUCUUCUGCCAAUUCAUGCCCAAUCCUCCCAACACUUCCCGACCGACGCCUCCGACACACCAUCGCUCACACGAGUCGCAGAACCAUCGCUCGCAUAAUCAAUACAAUCAACGCUCACAGUAUGACAACAAUUAUCGGUCCCAUAAUCACCAACAAAACCAUCGCUCAUAUGAGGGAAACAAUUAUCACUCAAACCAAUCCCGAUAUGAGGACCGACGGUAUGACGAGCGCCGAUACGACAGAAGCUAUGAUUCGGGCAGACAUUGGCGACGAUAACAGAAAAUUUGGAUUUAUUUAAAACUUUAAAAC